UCCAGCCUCCUGUCGCAAGCCGCAAGCCCAGCAACGACGCCUCCCUCCCUCCCUCCUCCUCCUCCUCCUCCUCCUCCGCCACCGACGGCGGCGGCGCCCCCCUCCCUCCCCGACGACGCCUCCUCCUCCGCCCACCCCGUCGCCUUCCAAGCGCGAGCGCGCGCGUCUCCAUCUCAGGCAUGCCCUUCAGAACUCACUCCUCCUUCACUCGCACCCUGCAGAGGCAGCUGAAACCCGCCGCCAUCUCCGCGAACCCUCCGCUCCGCCUCCAGAUCCGAGCCGUUUCCAGCCUCAAGGUCGAGUGGCGCAGGGACCCGAAGCUCGACCAGGCCAUCGAGAACGACAAGCGCUACCAGCUCUGCGCGCGGGUCGUCAGGGAGGUCCUCAACGAGCCCGGCCAGGUCAUCCCGCUCCGCUACCUCGAGAAGCGGCGCGAGCGCAUGCGCCUCAAGUUCACGGUAAAGACCUUCCUCGAUCGGAACCCGGGUCUUUUCGAUGCGUACCGUGAUAGGAUCAAGCCAAAAUCGGAUCCUGUCCCCUUCCUGCGGCCUAGCGAUAGGCUUAGGGGGUUUCUUGAGGAGGAGGAGAGGAUACAGGGCGCGAACGAGCCGCUGAUCGUGUCGAAGCUGUGUAAAUUGUUGAUGAUGUCGAAAGACAAGGUGAUCAGCGCGGAUAAGCUGCUCCAUGUGAAGAGGGAAUUCGGGUUCCCCAACGACUUCAUGGUGAAUUUAAUCCCUAGGUAUUCGCAGUACUUCAGGCUCGUCGGAUCCCCGGGAGAGGGAAAGUCCUUUCUGGAGUUGGUUUCUUACGAGGCGGAAUGGGCGAAAUCGGCGAUCGAAAAGAGAGCGGAGGAGGAGGCGAGGUCGACGGGGAUUCGGGUCAGGCCUAAUUUCAAUGUCAAGCUUCCGCCUGGGUUUUUCUUGAAGAAGGAAAUGAGGGAGUGGACGAGGGAUUGGUUGGAGCUCGAUUACAUAUCGCCCUAUGCGGACGUGUUGCAUUUGGACCAGGCUUCGCUGGAGAUGGAGAAGAGGACGGUGGGAGUCUUCCACGAGCUGCUCUCGCUCUCGUUGCUUAAGAGGAUUCCGGUGCCAAUACUGGGGAAGUUCACCGAGGACUAUAGGCUUUCGAAUGCAUUCUCAAGUGUUUUCACUAGACAUUCAGGGAUCUUCUAUAUGUCCCUGAAGGGAAAUAUAGAGACGGCGAUGUUGAGGGAAGCGUAUAAGGAUGGUGUGUUGAUUGAUAGGGAUCCCUUGCUUGAGAUUAAGGACAAGUUUGUUGAAUUAGUGGAGAUGGGAUGGCGCGAGAGAAGAGAACGCAUGAGGACUCGAAAGGAAGAGCUUGAGAAGAAUCUGGAAAUGAUGGCAUCGGGUAACAUCGGAACGCAUUGACCUGGAGUGAGAGCUUUCUACUUGAAGAUUAUAUUCACAUUGCAGCUUGCAAUUAUCGACGAAUCGAUGCUGGCAAUGAAAGGAAAAGAAAGUUCUUAUGGGUAAGCAGCACCACUACCCUCAUGCUUGUGUCAUGGGCCAAAAGCUGGCCUGGUGUUCCAGCUCAUCAGGCACGGCAUGGGCUUGUCCUCGGGCAAGAAGCUUUUGGUCCAUGACACCUUGCAUAUCGUUCCCUGAAAUUUUGUGGGGAAGGCAAUUAGGAAAUGUCAACUGAACGUUUAGUGGACCAAAUUGGAAACACUUCUGGAUACAUAAGAAGGCUCUUUCCUAUUCAGAGGGAAAAGACUUAGCCCGAAUGUAAUUUUUUGGUCUUUUAUCAUGUUGGUAUUAACGUGGCAGGCUUCACUUGGAUGGAGCAUGAUGGCUUGAGCAAUAAAAUGAUUACAUGCUGAAGAGAAGGUUGUGGUGUACGUAUGUGAUAUAGCGGGCAAUGAUAAGGUGGGUACGGUGCUUCUGUCGGACUCGUAUCUUGAAAACUUCUUCUUCUUCUUCUUCUUCUUCUUUUGUGGAUGAUUAGCUGGACAUGAAAAGCACAGGGAAUCGGUGAGAUCUCACUCGCAGAAUUGAUGAACAGAGAUGGAGAAUUUUAGGCAAAUCCAAGCAUGAAAUACCUGUCAGAGAUCUUCUGUUUAGUUCUA